AUGGUGGACGAAAAAGGGAUGAAGUGCGAUCAGUCUCUUGGAAGUUCAUUAGCUCACAAUAUCAGUUGGCAGGUAUUCUCCAGAAUUAUUUCGUUCUUGAUUAAUAUGUAUCUUUUCCGGCGUGUUGAUGGAUCAUUAAUUGGUGUUGUUAAUAUUAAACCAGUAUUAUUUCCCUUUGUUGCACUCAUUCUGUAUUAUUGUCUUUGGUUUCCAUUCUCAGCAACACCUCCCACUUCACUUGUCCCAUCGUACUCAUUCGCAUUAUUUUGUUUCGGAUUUUCCUCUUGGUUAGAAUCUUUAGCAGAACCUUUUAUUAUCGUAUCGUUACGUUUGGCAAUGAAUGCGGAAUAUGCCUUCUUACAAAGUCUUCUCACCGUUCUUCAGAGAUUGCUUGUUCUUAUCUUUAUUACUUCUGGAGUUCUGUCACAUAUUGAUGCUUUCUGCUUUGCUCAGGAUUUAUCAAUUUUGGGUACAUUAAUAGUGCAUUCAGUUUUUAAACAAAUUCUUACUGAUGGUACAGCAUACGUUCUUACUUUCACCAGUUAUUUUACACUUUCUACCAAAGGUGCCUAUGAUGCAGUAGAUAAACUUGGUAGUUUGGUUGCCCGUCUAAUAUUUGCACCUCUUGAACAUUCAGCUUUUCUCUAUUUUUCUUCCAACAUUAAGCGAAAUGUGCAAUUGGAUGAACAAGAUUCAAAAAAUGUGAAGAAAGCCACUGAAGUUUUGAUAGGCCUUCUUCAUUUAAUAGUUGUGAUUGGGAUGGUGAUUUCGGUUUUUGCUGCUCCAUAUUCUUAUCUCGCAGUAGCAUUCUAUGGAGGCGAUUUACUGGUCAAAAAUUCGGGUAUACUUCGAGGUUCGAAGAAACACGUAGGUCAAAGCAGUAAAGAGUGUAUUAUUAUUGAAUAUGGCAGAAUAGGUGGUUCAGAAGUGUUGACACCAGAAUUUCGCAGUAUUGAUAUUUCAGCUCUUAAUUUCUUAGGUGCUGGUUUGCUGAGGCUUUAUUGUGUAUAUAUUGUUAUAAUUGCUUUGAAUGGUAUUACUGAAUGUUUUACAAUGGCCACGAUGACCACUUAUCAGGUGCUCUUUUUAAAAUAUUUUAAUGUCUUCCUAAAUAUCUAUUUGCAAUUUGCAGUUGUUUUCUCAUGUUGGAUUUAUAUUGUGCAAUAUCUGCAUAAGGGAAUCAGUGUAAUGACAGUUUUACCUACUUUAUCGACAAUUUUUCUUCUAUUAUUUUCUUUGCUUAUUUUGACUCUUUCGUUAUUGAUAUUUGGAAGUACUGGAGGUAUAAUUCAUAAUGGAGCACAUCUUGCUGUUGGUGGAGCGCUUUUCUUUUUUGUUAUCAACCAUAUUUAUCAUCAAGAUAUAAGUUUGGCUCAUUUUGUUAAUUCAUAUUUAUAUCAUUUAUCUACUCACAAUCAGUAA